AUGCAGGCCAACCAAGUAGACUGUGGUGUCUACGUCUGCAUCUACGCAUCGGAGCUGAUUGCCCGCGGCUUCGCGAAUCUGGACGAUGGGCUGCCCGCCUUGCCCUAUGGUGCUGGCCUGUUCCGGAGGGGGAUGCGUGGGGACAUAGUCGAACACGCACUCAAGAGGUUGAUCCCAAUGUUGGAGAGGUCUGGAGUUAUGGUGCCCCACCAGGAUCCGCCGCUGAGCAAGUGCGUGAAUAAGCCAGUGUCUCCGGAGCUUGCCGAACUCGACGCGAAGCUGCGUGAUGCUGUCCGAGCAACAGGGGGAUUCUCAUCAGUUUCAGGCGGCCCACGGCGUUAUCAACGGGUUGCUGCUUGGUACGACCGGCGAUGCAAUGACCCCGACUCGUCGCGGUGCGCGCGCAGAAGCUUUGCCUGCCCAUUCGGAGGAUCAGUCUCGGUGUAUGGGGCCGCCGCCAGCGCCAGCACACUCUGUCGGGGGAGUGGGUGGAUCGGGGGACUCACCGGAGAGGAGAUGGACCUGCUGGAUGGCUGCACACACGACAUCGUCCGGCAGCUCACUACCGCACGCGUCUGGGGACGGUGGGAAAGGUGGCGCGUGGAGCUUGCGUCCCUCGGUGGUGCUAAUCCCGCCCCUGCACCCCCCGCGAUCGUGGCUGCAGCGCCAACCCUACCCGGAGCUGCUCCAACCCGACUUGCCCCGGCGAAUGCAGUCAUCGCCCCUCCUGCCAUGGCUCUUGCACCUGCACAGCCCACCCCUCCUUUUGGAGCUACUGCUGUGCACGUCGGGCCAACUCCUAUGCCUGCGUGGCUUACUCCCGCCCCACCAGCCCCAUCUACGCAAGCCACAGUGACCAAUCCCCUUGUGCAGGUUAAUGUAGUGGCGUUUGCUUCGCUGCCAAAGAGCGACGAGGGGGAUGUAGGCAACAACGGGACAACCCACCCGCCAAGUAUUGGUUUUGUUUCCUCAUAUCCCGCUGAUGUUAUGGAUCAGGAUGCGCACUAG